UGGUAAUCGUAGUGCUUUGUUAAGAGUACAGAGAAAUCAUUUGGGCUGUGCUUUGGUAUCUAAGGGUGGGGUUAUUUUUACAUAUACAACAGAGCGAGGCCUUCCUGGGACUUGGGGUAAUAACAUGAACAUUUUAAAUUAUUUCUGCCAUGGUUUAUGUUGCUGUUAUUUGUGUAUCAGCUGCAGCCUGUCUGUAUGCAUUGGGUGGUGCAUUCUUCUUUGUCAGGCUAGAAUCUGUUCUCUGUUUCAUUUAACUAGAAGAGGAAAGAAGGAAACAGCAAGGAAAUAAGAACAGGCUCUUAAUGCUUGAGAUGUCCUGAUGCAUGAAAGCCUGAGCUAGAAGCAAGUACAGCAUGGUCCACUGGAAAGCAGAAAAUCUCCCCCUUUCCCUAGUCCUAGUCACAAGGGUUUUUUGGCUUCCUGGAGAAAUAGUAGAAAAUGCAAAACAACGAAAUAAUAAAGCCUGCUAAGUACUUCUCAGAAGUGGAAAAGAGUGUGCUGCUUGCAUUAGUUGAAAAAUACAAAUAUGUACUUGAGUGUAAAAAAAGUGAUGCAAGAACUAUUGCAUUGAAACAACGUACUUGGCAAGCGCUUGCCCAUGAAUAUAAUUCUCAACCUAGUGUAUCACUACGAGAUUUCAAGCAGUUAAAGAAAUGUUGGGAAAAUAUCAAGGCACGGACAAAAAAGAUAAUGGCACAUGAAAGACGGGAGAAAGUAAAAAGAAGUAUUAGUCCACUUAUAAAUACUCACAUCAUAGGGAAAGAGAAGAUUGCCAGCAUGAUGCCUGAGCAAAUGUACUUUUUACAGAGUCCACCAGAAGAAGAUUCUGAAUAUCAACCUGAUGCUUCUAACCAAGAGUCAUUUUCUGUCUCAAACAGAGAACUGUGUGAUGAAGAGAAAGAGAUAGUACAUUUCCCAAUAUGUGAAGGCACCUCCCAACCUGAGCCCUCUUGUUCAGCUGUCAGAAUAACAGCGAAUAAAAACUAUCGAAGUAAAGCCACUCAGGAGGGAGCUUUGAAAAAGAUGCAUGAGGAAGAGCAUCACCAGCAAAUGUCAAUUUUACAACUGCAGCUGAUACAAAUGAAUGAAGUGCAUGUGGCAAAAAUACAACAGAUAGAAAGGGAGUGUGAGAUGGCUGAAGAGGAACACAGGAUAAAAAUGGAAGUGCUAAAUAAAAAGAAAAUGUAUUGGGAGAGAAAACUGCAAACCAUCACAAAAGAAUGGCCUGUAUCAUCCUUUAACAGACCCUUUCCUAAUUCACCCUAGAAUUUAUGGUGGGCCGAGAAAAUCUGGUUGAGCACAUUGUUACUAAGGUGUAUUGGCAAGAGGGUCUAUUAAAAUUAAUGUAGUGUGACAGAAUGGAUGUUCAGUCAAUAGUGAACAUGUUUGGACUCCUUAAUACCAUCUAGGAAUACAGAUUGGAUGAGUCUAAUAAGGGAAAGUUCUAUAGUUCAUUUGUGGGUGAGCACUGAAAGUAAAUUGUCUCUUCUUUGAGUUUCAGAUAUGCACAGUAGUACUUGUGAAUUGUGAGCAUAACGUUUGUUCCUCUCUCAAGUUCCAACCACUGUUUUUAAAUCUAGGAAGUUCCUAUAGAGUAGACACACCUGAAAUUUGAGUAUGUUUUAAAACUUCGGCUUUACAACUUUACACUUUAAAUUAUAUUGCUUGUUUUCUAGCCCUUUCCUCCAUUUCCUGGUUGAAGGCGGGAGUUGGAGUCAUUCUUUGUUCUCACACUGAACACCGCAGAUAUUUGACAGGCAGUAACCCAAUUGCUAUACAGGGACACAGAGGAAAUCCCCUCCCCCUUUCUUUUUUUAUUAUUAUUUUAUUUAUUAUUCCUUCUCUGCAGCAGGUAAGUGAAAAUGAAGGAGCUGGUGAGGAGACAAGAGGACCAUUCUAGUAGGUAAUUUGCAGGGAAAGGAAAUCAAAACCUCCAACCAGCUGGCUGAUUGAGACGAUGAUUUGGCACUGGCCUGCUAGCUGCUAGGGCCAUAACUGUUGGAAAGAGGGAAAGAGGAUAUUUUCCCAGAAGCAGCUACCUUUGGCUGUCCUCUCUCAGUCCUAUCCUAUCACCCAUCUAUAUAUGCAGGAACUAGAAAUAUGUGAGGGAAGCAUGCUACUGAAGCUGCUAGAGAAAGAAGCCAGCCCCUUAACUGCACUGUACACCUGACAUCAUUCUGUGGAUAAAAGCUUUGCUGCUGCUUCAUGUAGUUAUUAAGAAGCAGCUGGCAGGCUAUCUUGCCAACAAGCAAUUCCUCCCAGCAGCCAGCUAAUGGAUUUAGAUCUUGCUCCUUAUUAGAAGUGAGGUCUGUUGUGGAUCCUGCUCUUUUCUCACCAACUCAGCAUACUUAUAGAGGUAAAGGCAGAUUUUUACUUGGUGCAGUGCCCUAUACCUGUGAAUUCUGUCUGCUUGACUAUGUCCCACACGUCAGCCCAGAGCCACCCUGCCUCUGCUAUCAACCAGGGAUUCCUGUUGUCUUUAUUUACUUAUAUGUAUCAGAAUAGCACCGAGAGGCCUCAACAGAAACUGGUGCCCUCUUGUGCUAGGUGCUACACAGACACAUAAUAAAAGAUUGCCCCGCCCUGAAGAUCUUAGUCUAAAGAAGACAAGGGCUGGGAAAUGGGCAAUAUGAAACCAAGGGUCAAGUAUUAAAGUGCACAUUUAGAGGUUUACUCUAAAGGAUCUUCCUCUAUUUGAAAAGGUGUUUUGGAGGGAGAGGCAUUUUAAAUAAGUGACAAAGAAUGAGCAGAAAACUCCUUAUUUUUUAUUCAGUUAUAAAAUUGAGAGUUCCAUUAUUUUAAAUGUAUUUUUCCCCACAGAUAAUGGUUAAUAAGGAGAAAACCAUACAUUAGCAAUAGUUUUCAAAUGAAAACAAAUUUUAAAAGGUGUCAUCCUCCCUCUGUUGUGUUCCACCUCCCACCUCUUCUCUGGAUUUCCUUCCUCCUGCGAGGUUUCGUAUUUAUUUUUCUCUUGGUCAUUUUUCCCUGCCACUGAUGCAUACUUGUAGGCUUUGCUCCUGUUAGUCAUAAUAUGCUGCCUGCACCACAAAGGUGAAAGUGAAGAGAAUGGUGCUGUUUCAGUGCUGCUUCUCCUGAAUGAUUGACAAAAUCAGUUCUGGCAGAGAUGGAGCAGGCACAAACAUGAGGCUGCUAUGAAACAAAAGGGCAAUUCUAUUGGGUGGCAAAAUCCCAUUCUCAGUGUGGAUGGACUCCCUCUUCUGGCAAAUUGGCUGUAGGAAGGAGAAGACAGUGGAGCCGGAGAGUACUAAUUCUGUUGGCCCGAA